GCUUGACAGCGUGUCUUACCUGCCAAAAACUUUUGAACAUGGCACGCUGCGUUUGUUGAAGCCGUUUGCCAGGAAUUUCUGACCACCCACAGCCUUUUCUGGGUUAGAGCAACUGAAAAUUACAAGCUUCCUGUGCGCCGCGUGCUUGGUAACAGGACGUGGGAAAUGGAUUUGUGUAGGGUAGUAGGGUCCACUCAAGGUAGGGGCAAGAUGCUUGCUGAGGCGAGAAAGAUAAGGAAGCGGUGCUUCCAGACACAUCAGCAAACUCUAAUUAUGCAGAGGAGAUGCGGGCUCCAGCCUUUAACGUAAACCGAGGGACUUUGCGCAGUCUUGCUUUGGUUUGCCAUGUGGCCAUGUGCGCCAGGCCGUUUUAUCUUCAUGAUGAUAUAAAUAUAAGGGCAUUGUUUCCUUCGCUACACAGUUCUUGGUAGACCUUCAAAUAUUUGGCGUGGGCGCCAAGGUAACCAGAACCAUUGACAAGAUGGCCGUCGAUGUUGUGCAGAGGGAUGUUGUGCAGAGGCCUCUAGCCUGCGGCACCUUGCCAUGGCCCAGCAGGAUAUCGCACCAGCUUGACAGCGUGUCUUACCUGCUUUAAAACCUGAAAAACAUGAGCAUGAGCUCCAUUGGCCGAAGUCGUUCGUCAAGAAUCACCUGUGACCUCCCGCAGUCUCGGCUGCGUUAGGGAAAACUACAAUCUCACAAAGUUCUUCGUGCUUGGUAUGUAGAUGCCGUUCAAGGUCAUGACAAGAUGGUUGCGAAGGGGCUAUAAAGAUUGGUGUCGGGAAUAUAUAGGACUUGUUUUCUCCAGGCGCCCGGACUCUAAUCACGUCGAGGAUGGAUGGACUUCAGCCGUUGAAGUAAGCCGAGGGACUUCGCGCAGUCCUGUGCUUCUCUGCCAAUUGGGGUCAAAUCAAUACAAAGCCAUCAUGAAUCCAAAAUGUAUUGACAGGUGCGAAAAAGACCACAACAGCCAAUAAUCAGAUUCCUCAAGAUUUAGUAGAUCAUGUGUCAUCCUGCUGGCUGGCAUGUAUCAGCCCGUGUGGCCUGUGUGUAACAUACAAUGGCGGCGGUUGUCGGAUUUGCAUGCAGGCAGCCCAAGCCAGUUUUGCUAAUGGAUUUCCUGGAUUUUGAGUGGAAGCAGUGCAUGACAGGGUCCAAGUCCCAAAAUGGACAAUGAAGACAAUAGCCAAGAACCCCAAUCUGACCAUGGAAUUUUUGAAGGACACAUUCUUCUCACAACCACGCGUUAUUUCGAGAUAGGUUGUUUUUUGCGAUGGCAAAUAAGAGUACCCCAGCAUGCCGAUGCGAGGUUUCCCUUGCUACCAGGUAUGGAUCAGGAGUGGGGUUACUUGUGCAGGGCCAUUUGCUUGCCGAUUCUUUUUGCAAAUUAGCAGGGUUUGGUCGCUGGUGCCACUACUGAGAUCAGCUUCUUUUGAUAACCACUCACACAACCCAUGGAUUCCUGGAUGACAGGAGGACCGCUCUUCAGAGUGCGAAUCACAAACCACCCUGCCCCAAGAGAAUUUGCUUGCAGUGCAAGAAUCGAGAGCGAACCUUGAUUGAUUCCUGCCGGCCUGGCCUUGUUUUUGCACGUUGCGCAAUGUACCGGGGUGCAACUAUCACAGCUCUUGCGUACCAGUUCUUUGCUUCUUUUUGCCAUGCAGAAGAAGACCAUGGAGAGUGAAGAAGUUUCGGAUAAGUUGUCCGCAGUAAGUAGCAAAGUCUUGUCGGAAAGUUGCAAAUGAACCACUGGUGCCAUUGAAGUUCGGCCUCGUUUGAGCUCUUGCACGGUGCUGUGCGCGCGUGUCUUGUCCAGAGGCUCCCAAUAAUCAAAUCUUCUUGCGCCUGUAGGCUGUUCUUCGCCGCAAAGGACUUGAGGCUCAGCGCCUGACUGAGGUGCCGAUAGAUCCAGGACGAUGGUUUUGGAAUCAAGCUGGAACAAUUUUUCUAGACGCCGCAUUGUUGGGAAAUGUUUGGCGCGUUGCCGCGCUGCACAUAGCAGGGCUCUUGUGUAACAGUUCUUCUUUUUGCCGUGGAAAAGAAGACACUGUCGAGCGAAGAAGGUUCGAACUAGUUUUUUGUGGUAUGGAACAACUGGUCAAGAAGUUGAACAGUGCGUUGACUCCACCAUUCGCCAAAAGCCGAAGCCCUGGUUUUUGUAAUUGCCGACGCGUUUGAUGCAAGCAAGGCGGAAUAGUGCGUAUGGGCUUGCCGCAUUUCCAUUCCAGGCAGAUGUGGCCAUUUGAGCCAGUCCAUUGCGACCCCCGUGCAAGCUACUUAGAGCGACGCGGCAAAUUCCUGCGCGGUGCGGCAGUGAGUUGUACAGCAUGAGCAGCGUAGCUUAGUGUGCAGGCUUUGCUUAAUAAACUUCGACCGAAGACAGAUUUGUGGGUGAGUCAUCUGAGGGAGAAGUUUGGAAGCUGUCAUUGAGAUUGCGUGGCUCGCCUAGAACAUAUCCAGCAGAUUUUUCUUUGUUGGAGUGUCAGGCUGAAAUUCGUCGAGUCAUAAAAUGACGUCAAACAGACCAAAGAUGCCAAUGAUUAGGGAAGGCUCAGUAGUGCUUGGAUGUAAGUUUCGUUUGAAUGUCACUUGAAUGGGUGCAUGCCAGAUUGUCGCGUACAGAAAAUGUUUAGUGUAAAGCAAAUGCCUGUGUCCACCACCUAGCUUGUUUGCUUGGUGGAGGUUCUACUUGCAAUCUCAGUGUAGCUAACUUGUGACUGGCAGUUCAAGCUCUUGCCGACAGACCGCUUGAAGACCAGCCACCGAAUGACCACAUGCUUUCCCUCGAAGUGCCAAAAAUUUGACAAGCAUGUAGCCAAGAGUGACACAGCCUUGGUUUGCCCUUGCUCGUUGAGAUUUUGGCUGUGCGGUCACAACUCACACAUGCUUGGCGAGGCAAGUGCAGGUGGAUGAGUUUGCGCGGAAGGGUCUUGCUCAGGCAGGGAGCACUCAGAUGCCAUCUCUUCAAGGCAGAGGAAAGCUGUGGGGAAAUGCCGUGCCUUUGACAGCUCGGUGCCCUUUCCAGGCGCUUCAGCAGGUUGCAGCCCGGGCAACCAUUGCAAUCAAAACCACCGCGUUUGUGCCUUUUAACUCCUUGCCGUUGAUUUGGUGCAGCGAUCAGAUCCAACACACAAGAAGCAGGAGAUGUCGGCGAAAGAAGCCCAAGCAUCGAAGGGAGAUGUUCUGGCAGCUUUACCGGCUACCUCCGACAGAUAUCGGUUCAUAUGGCGCUGCUUUUGUGCCAAUGCUGAACUCAAAGAGCUCGUUCUUUGAAAACCGCGUGGCUUGCAUCGUCAAAGUUGCAUGGGUGGAACUUUUCAAGGACCCGCGUGGUUUGCAGCUAGGCAUUUCGAAAGCGCUGAAAGGCAAGCCAUGUACAGUCUGUUUCCACAGGUUCCGGCGGUGUUUUUUUUUGGCCGCAAGCAUAUCAAGGAACCCCAAACUGUUGCAUAGUAGGUUGGGUGUUUGGGAUAAAAAGCAAUGCUAUUUCACGGCAGAGGUGUCCAAUGUCGGCUGGGGCCCAGUAGCAGCUACAAGAGGAGAGCAUUCUGGGCCGGGUGGGCAUAGGAGCCUUCUGGAACAAUCAGUUUCGCUUCGCUUUUCACUUCGCUUGCUGUCAAGCGUGUCGCAGAAUUGCCCAGACCUUGGCUUUCGCCGCGCAUUCCAACGGUCCCAGCUUCAAAAAACAAUUCGCAACCAGUCUCUCUUCUGAACAUCGGGGAUGUCAGACUCCAGAAGGGCCAGUGGACUGGAGCCAGCUACAGCCUGCAGGCAGCGGGCAUAUUCAUAUCUAGCGAUUUAGAGACUUGAAUUUGACCAGGGACCCUGUUGUCAGGAGGUCCUUAAGUCUGGUGUUUUGAUGCUUUAUGAAUAGUUUGUAAGCCUGCAACCCGGAGAAGACGGAAGCGCAAAUUGUGCUUUUGCAGCUUCGAGUUCUGGACCUUGGACAAUAGUGAGCUGCGUGACGAGGCUCAGCUUUCAUCUCUGGAGCGCAAAGAAA